AUGGGCAUCGGUUCGAUCCAAACUUCAGAUGUGGCCAAAAUCACUUCGGGCCAGGUGAUAAUUGAGCUUCUUUCUGUGGUCAAAGAGCUAGUGGAGAACUCAAUAGACGCGGAAAGCGACAAGAUCGACGUCGUUUUCAACAACAAUGGUAUCACAUCUGUCGAAGUCAGCGACAAUGGAACAGGAAUUGAAAAAGAGGACUUCGAGUCGCUCUGCCUCAAACACCACACGUCCAAACUCACCACAUUCGAGGAUCUUUCGCGUGUUAGCACAUUGGGCUUUCGGGGCGAAGCCAUGAGUUCGCUUUGUAAUGUGGCCAAGGUGAAAAUCGUGACUUGCUCCAAAAGCAGCUAUCCUAAAGCUACAGAAUUGGAAUACGACAGCAUGGGGAAGCUUGUGGCGCAAAAGAGCAAGGUGACAGGCAAAAAGGGCACAACAGUUCUUGUGAGCGGCUUGUUCCAAGAUAUGCCUGUUCGGCAGAAAAACUUCAUCAAACAUGCCAAACGAGAGUAUUCCAAGUGCCUAUCGACGCUCAUGUCGUAUUUGUUGGCGUAUCCUCAUAUCCGCUUUGCCGUCUACAACAUCAAUGCCACCUCCGGGAAGAAAACCUUGACUUUGGGCUCUCAGGGCGGCUCUUCUUCGGUGACCGAUGUUUUGACCAGCAUAUUUGGUAGUAACGGGGCAUACGGCCUUGUGAGUAUCGAUGUGGCUGCCUCUGACAUUGAUGUUCGUUUCAAACUAUCGGCGAACACCGUUCCUGUUUCUCUUGCGAUGAAAGUUUGUGGCUGGAUUUCAGACUACUCCUUUGGCAUGGGCCGAGGCGGAACGGACAGACAAUACCUAUGCAUAAACCGGCGCCCGGUAAACCACAAACGGUUUGCCAAGGUGAUCAAUGAAGUUUACCGAACUUUCAACGCCACACAGUCUCCAGUUUAUGUGUUGAAUAUUGAGAUUGAUAGCACCUUUGUGGAUGUUAAUGUCACACCGGAUAAGAGAAUGGUGAUGAUCAAUAGUGAAGAGAUACUUUGUGAAGUUUUGCGGGAGGAACUCACCUACUUUUACAGAGACAGACACAACUCGCUCCCGAAAAACAACCUCACGAGCCAGAUAGCACAAAGCCAAAACAUGUGCAGUCAAAUUCCUCAGGAAGGGAGAAAGGGGAGAAACAGAGAGAAGGAGGAAGAACAAGCUGAAGAGGAGGACGAAGAGCAGUUGGAAGAAGAGAAUUUGGAAGAGGAAGAAGAAGAAGAAGAAGAAGAGGAGGAGGAAGAAGAGGAAGAAGAAGAGAAUUUGGAAGAAGAAGAAAAUUUUGAAGAAGAGGAGAAAGAGCAAGCUGAAGAGGAGGAGGAAGAAGAAGAAGAGGAGAAUGAGAUCGAAAGUAAAACAAAAGUAAUCGAGAAGAGAAAUGAGGUCGAAAAGAAUGUCGAAAAAGUGGCCGAGGAAAAGAAAAGUCGAAAAGAGUAUGAAAGUCAAGAGAGCGAAAACAUGGAGGCGCCAGAUCAGGAUAGCAUGUGCGAGGAGGAGAGAGAGGACGAAAAACCCGAAGCCGUAAAUGGCAGGGAAAGUUCACUCAGACCCACCGACACCGAAGAUAUUGAAAUGAAAGAUUUUUCUGACACCAACAAUUCACGAGGAUCGGGCGAAACCGGCUGGGAAUAUGAAGAAAUAACGACACCAAGAAGUCUUCAUUCGAGUAAAGACACAAAUGAAAAACUGGUGUCAGAAGCAGAAAAAACACAUGCCAAUGACGACUUUGCAGACAUUGACGAGAAUAUAGUGGAGUCGCUUUUUGUGGAAGAAGAACGCGACGUGCAUGAAGACGCAGAGGGCGCGUCUUGUGUACAGGCCGAUAUGGGAUCACCGCUGUUGCUUCGCUCACGUUGCAGUAUCAGACGCACGUACUGUUUAGAGAUGCUUGCUUCCAUUCCUGCGCCCUGCGCCAAUUCCGCGCCUAGACCUUCUGUGUUGGUCAGUUUGCACGACAUUGGCGAAACAUUGCAAAUUCACAAAGAUGAUUUUGCCCGUAUGAGCGUGGUGGGACAGUUCAAUCUUGGGUUUGUAGUGGUGGUGCAUGACAACCGACUUUUCAUUGUCGAUCAGCACGCGCUGGACGAGAUUUUCAAUUAUGAGCGCUUGAUGCAGUCGUUGGUUCUACGAGCCCAGCCUCUCGUGAUCCCAAGGCUUCUUGAACUUUCGCCCGUCGACGAAAUGGUGCUAUUGGAAAAUGUCGAAAACUUGCGGCGCAACGGCUUUGUUGUCCAAGAAGACGCAGAUGCUGUUCCGGGCCGUCGCGUGAAACUAAUGGCAGUUCCAGUGCUGAAAAAUGUCGUGUUCGACGACGGAGAUCUACAUGAAUUAAUGCACAGAUUGCAUGAAAACGGCUUUGCCAGCAGCAUGUCGACGCAAGAACGUCCGCGGUUAGUUGUCCGAUGCUCCAAAGUCGAUAAAAUGAUAGCGCUGCGUGCAUGCCGCCGCAGCAUUAUGAUUGGGCAGUCCUUGUCCAAAAAUACCAUGGCCAAAGUUGUGCGGCACUUAUCGCGGCUCGAAAAACCGUGGAACUGUCCGCAUGGACGUCCGACGAUGCGCCAUUUGGCCGACUUGGGCGGCGUGCAUUUUGAAGAAGAUUACAUGGUGUAG